GUCGUGGUCCACUGUCAUAAGCUCUGGCCCAAAUGGGUUAGCUCCACUCAGUGGGAUCCACUGACCCCCAGGAGGCCCUCACCGGACUCCCUCACCCUCCCUGCAAGCUCUCUGGGCCGGGUCUCACCCCCACCCCCGCGAGCCCUCCCUCGAGGCCCAGUGAGCAGAGCAUCUAUGGGCACAAGCUCCUCUGGCCCGGCUGCCCCGCCCUCCAGGUGCUGACCUGUUUCCUCCAGGCCUGGGGCAGCCCCUGGCUUGGAGGCUCCCGCUCCCCGGAACGACCAGGGGGACCCCCCUCUCAUGUCACACACCCACAAUGUUUCCACAUUGGGGUCUCCACCGGCUUCGGCCCUGGGUUUUUCUCAGGGACCCCAGCCCAACCCACGUCUACUCUGAGAGCCCAGGGCCCCCCCACCUCUGACACCCCCCAGUGCUCUCGUCAGCCGGCGGUCUCGGCGUGCCCCCAGUGCCUGGCAACCCACUCCCCUCUGGUUCCUGGGUCCAGAGCCUCCCCCCACCCCCCCUGCCCACAGGACCCCUUGACCCCUCCUUUACUUUUUCAGGGUCCCCCCAAAUCUGGCUCCUCUCCCAUCUCCACUCCUUAGGGUCAAUCCCCCCAUCCCAACCCUGGGGAUCCCCAAAUCCAGACAGACCCUGGGCCCACCCUCCCUGCCACGUGACCAAGGGGUUGUGCAAUCCAGCCCCCUCCCCUGACUCCCUCCCUGAGGGGAUUUUUGAGGCGGGCUGAGCUCACAGCCGCCGGCACCCCUGCCCCCCCCAGGGGGCUGGGCCAAGGUAUAAAUAGGGGUGGUGUCUGCAGGCGGCAGCGAGCCCAGCCCAGCACCACCAUGCUCACCCUAGAGGCUGCACAGUAAGUGGGGGCCACCCGAAAGUGGUACUCAGGACCCCUGCCCUGCACCUCACCUUUGAUCCCUCUGCCGGGCCUGCCCCACCCAGGGGGCAGGUGGGUGGGAGGGGAGGGAGGUCCACACUGUCUCUCGCCCCUCCUGGAUCUCUUUCCUCUGCCACCUCGAUUCCUUCCUCCGUCCCAUCCGUGUCUCCCCUGGACCCCAAAGAUCUCUUUUCCUUGGGAUGCUUGCUUCUCUGCCCUGCUGUCCCCUCCCAAGUGGCCCUCCAUCUCUGUCUCUGUCCCCAUCUCCUCGGAGUCUCACUGCAUCCCCGACUCACUCACUGGGUCUGUUCACCGUGCUUCUUAGCACAUCUUUUCUGUUUUGGGUCUCUGUUCUCUGCCUCUUGCUCCCUCUCUCUGUGUCUUUCUCUGUCUCUCCAGUUUGUUUCAUCUCUCCUUCUGUCUCCCCGUCUGUCCCCCACCCCAUCUAUCUGUGGGGCUUAAUAAAUACUUCCUACAUCCCAUGCCAUGUGAAUUGUCUCUCCACACCUUUCUCCCUUCCCUCCUCUCCUCUCCCCUCUGCUGAACCUCUUCUGUGUUUUCCCGUCUCUACCCCGACGUCCAUCUCUCCAUCUAUCUCCUCCGGUCCAAGAUGGACCCAUUUAACCGACUCGCUCACCAAGGCCCCCGCCCCGCCCCCACCCGCCCUCGGGCGCCCACAUCUCUCCGGGGACUUUCUCUCCCUCACUUUCCCUGCCCCCGCCCAGCCUCUGUCUAUGCAAACCCCGGGGGAGGGGGAAACAUUUGCCUGGCCCCCGCCCCCCACUUCCUGUCCUGGUGGGGGUGAGUGUGGUGGGGCUGGUCUCACACAGAGACACGCAGCAGUGAGCGCGCUGUGGUGGUCACAGCUGCAGUCGCCUAUCCCCCAUCUGCCCGACCGCUUCGAGACUCAGGAGGCUGCAGGCUCCCCUGACAUGCCCCUGUGUCUCUCCCCCUCCAGGCUUGACGGGCCACACUUCAGCUGUCUGUACCCAGAUGGAGUCUUCUAUGACCUGGACAGCUGCAAGCACCCCAGCUACCCCGACUCAGACGGGGCUCCUGAUCUGUGGAGCUACGGCCUCAGUCCAGCUGUCCCAGCCGCCUCCUAUGAAACCUUUGACCCGGCUGUGGCCACCUUCAGCCACACCCAGGGUGUCCAGCUCUGUUACGGACCCUCAACCUACAGCCCUGUGGGGAACCUGGACCCGGCCCCCAGCCUGGAGGCCCCGGGGCCUGGCUUCCCAGCAUACCCCAUGGAGGACUUCACAGGCCAGACCCUGGGUCCCCUGGCGUACGCCCCAUACCCCAGCCCCGUGCUGUCAGAGGAAGAGGACCUCCUGCUGGACAGUCCCGCCCUGGAGGUCUCGGACAGCGAGUCAGAUGAGGCCCUCAUGGCUGGCCCCGAGGGGAGGGGAUCUGAGGCAGGGGCCCGCAAGAAGCUGCGCCUGUACCAGUUCCUGCUGGGGCUGCUGACGCGCGGAGACAUGCGCGAGUGCGUGUGGUGGGUGGAGCCGGGCGCCGGGGUCUUCCAAUUCUCCUCGAAGCACAAGGAGCUCCUGGCGCGCCGCUGGGGCCAGCAGAAGGGCAACCGCAAACGCAUGACCUACCAGAAGCUGGCGCGCGCCCUGCGCAACUACGCCAAGACCGGCGAGAUCCGCAAGAUCCCUUUGUCAUUUUUGAGAUCCCCUAAUUCUCUGGAACCACCCUGCUAUCACUUGUUUAUGUCUGGAAUUCUCCGAUCACAUCUACGGUGCCUCUGGGAUCCUUUUGUCAUGUCUGAAAACACCCUUGUCAGGUCUGGAGGGCGGACCUCAGUGAACCUUGUUGUAUCCGGGCCACCUCUGCGAUGCCCUUGUUUGUCUGGAAUCCUCCAAUCACAUCUGAGGCCCCUCUGGGAUCCUCAUCUGGUAUGCCCUUUUGGGGACCCCACCAACAGCUCCGAGUUCUCCUGGGGACCCUCCGCCUCCUGUAAUGCCCUCCCUAGGGCCAUGCUGGCGAUCAAUUCUGGCCGCUCAACUGAUUUCUGGGUGACCGUGGCAGCCCCCCCCAUGUCAGUUCUAACCAGAGACUUUGCACCAUCCAGCAACAGUGGGCCAGCUUUUCGAUGUGGAGAGGCUGGAGCAGGGUGUUGGCCGCUUCUAAUGGGGAAUCUGUUUUCCAAUCUGCUCAAGUCCCCAUCGCCCCUGGCUGUCAUACCCCGGUGGCUUCUCUCAGUUGUCCGUUCGCCCCAACCAUUCUCGUGUGAAUCCAGCCUGAGCAGAAGAAGACCGGAUGAACUGUGGGAGCUCUGACUGGAACCCUCGGGGGGUGUCAGAGGCUGUGGGCUAAGAAGCCGGAGUCCCAAGUCCUUGAGCCUGGGUGGCUGGGGGGUCUAGGGUGAAAGACUUGCUGCUUCUGGGCCAGUUUGGCCCUUCUGUGAAAGGGGAGAGGAGGAGGAAGAUCUCGGAAGGCCCUUGCAGCCCUGUCAAGCCUUUGAUACAUCUGAAAUCCACCCAUCCACCCACUGGUAGCCAGAAGGAAGUCGAGGAAGGAGCACCAAGGAUCCAGAGAGGGAAGAGGUCCUUGAGGGGGGCAUACAGCGGCUGGUAGCAGAGCCCGGGCUGGGACCUGCCCUCGAGGACAGCACACCCCCCUCCCUGGGGCGGUCCCAGGGACACAGUGUCUUUUGGGAGGGCCUCCUCUUGCAAAUGAGGUACCUUUUACGAAAACUAUCAUCAUCACCCCAAGUUUGGAAUAAAAUAAAAUGAGUCAAGGUAG